AUGGCCGCCGCGUCGUCCGUCACCUCCGUCCACGACUUCACCGUCAAGGAUGCGAGCGGCAAAGACGUUGACCUCAGCACCUACAAGGGGAAGGUUCUUCUCAUCGUUAACGUCGCAUCCCAGUGUGGCUUAACCAACUCCAACUACACCGAGCUGGCCCAGCUCUAUGAGAAGUACAAGGACCAAGGCUUUGAAAUCCUGGCUUUCCCAUGCAACCAGUUUGGUGGGCAGGAGCCUGGUACUAAUGAGGAGAUUGUGCAGUUUGCCUGCACACGGUUCAAGGCUGAGUACCCCAUCUUCGACAAGGUUGAUGUCAAUGGUAACAAUGCUGCGCCCAUCUACAAGUUUCUGAAAUCUAGCAAGGGUGGCCUUUUUCAAGCAGCAUCAAGUGGAACUUUUCCAAGUUCUUGGUUGACAAGGAGGGACGUGUUGUGGAUCGCUAUGCUCCAACCACUUCACCUCUGA